UGAGCAUGAUCCCUGUUUUAUAUGUGGCUUGACGCGGCGUUGUGUGCUCAGACUGGCAGUGAGAGGAGACGCGCUCACUCAAAAACACACCGUCAAUUUUAACGAAUGGUGACUUAACGGAGAUGGGCAAGUCAGGUGUGUGUUGUGCCAGCCUGGAGGAGCCCAAGGCCCUGAUGAAGAUGGGGCUGAGCGUGGUCCUCAUUGGUCACAUUAACUUCCUGUUGGCAGCGCUGGUGCACGGCGUGGUGCUCAGACACAUCAACCUCCACAAGCAGGCCAGGGCCAUGGAGUACGCCAUCUCCAAUGUGGUGGCCCUCACCUCCGGCCUGGUGGGUGUCGUGGUUGGCAUUCUGGCUAUCAUCCUGUCCAAAAACAAGAAGAGCAGAGCCCUGACGUGGUCACUUUUCACAGUCAGUCUGGUUGCUGGGCUUACAGCCGCAGCAUCAGCCAUCGGGCUGAUGGUCUCUGUGGUGAGGGCCAUCGUUCACGGUGGGCGGAGCCUCCUGACUCACUGUCGCUUCCCAGACGCCAUCGGUUACUCCAGCGUCACCAAUGAGUGUCCUUUUGACCCCACACGCAUCUAUAGCACCACUCUGGUCCUUUGGGUGCCUCUAAUUGUGACGUGCAUCAUCCAAAUGGUGUUUUCUACCCGGUGCUUCAUCGUGUGCAUUUCGUUCCUUGGUCUCCCUUGCUGCCCUCGUAAGACGAGACCAAGAGACCACGGCAGAAUGAUCAAUGCGGCGAGGCCGGUGGAGCGAUCUGCGCCGCCUCGCUACGGUCCACCUCCACCUCGCUACGCUCCACCUCCUACUCGCCGCUCUCCACCUCCUCAACGGGAGCCUCGUCCUCCUCCUCAGCAGCACCUUCACCGCCAGCACCGCAGCCUUCCUCCGUCGGAGAGGCAGCCUCUUCGCCAGCAGCCUCACAGAGGAAGGCCAGCGGCGAGCAGCGGCAGCCAGCAGAGAGCACCUGAGCAGCAUCAGCUGCUGGAGAGAGGUGCGCUGGAGAGAUCCAGCUUCUGGAUAUAGACGACUGUGCUGAUUCCACCGGCUGUGGGAGAACGUGCUGUUGUCCUAGCUACAAGAAUUGGAUUAUAAUGUGAUUCACCCAUCCCCCUUUUCCUGUCACUAAUUCAAAUCUAUGAACUCUGACCUCAAAAGUGCUAGAAAGGAGAUGUUUUAUUUACCUGUGCUGUGGAUGUGAGCUCCAAUCUGAUGCAUGAAUUCUCUGUUUGCACAGCAGAUCCCAGUCAUGAGAUUGUGUGUGUGUGUAUGUGUGUGUGCACACAUGCACGCGUACACGUGUGUGUGUGUGUGUGUGUGUGUGUGUGUGUGUGUGCGUGUGUGUGUGUGCAUGUAUUAGGGUGUAUUUGACCCAACCUGUCUUUGUCAAAGAUUGUUUUCUUUCCCGUUUGUGAUGCCUCUUUGAUUCCAUUAUUGUGUGUUAUGACUGAGUACACUAUUGUUUGUGUGUGUAUGUGUGUGUGUGUGUGUGUGUGUGUGUGUGCAUUUGCUGGUGGGUCAAGAGAAACUCGUUUCACGUGAAACUAGCUCUGCAGUGCGUCCACUUUGUAUUUAUUUUCCUACUAAAUAAAUGUCUUAUUCAUAAUAGUU